GGCUUUUUCCCACUGUCGUCUCCCCAUUGGCAAAACUGCAGGCUGACGGAAACGGCCCAUGGAAGAAAGAAGUCCUGCUGGAGAUUGAACAAACAGAUUUCACAUGGCCAUCGACGGAUGAGCAGGAAAAUGUGAGUGCUGGCAACUUUUACUGGAGGUUUCCUGGAGCUGCCGCUGAAGAGAGGACCACAUAUGAGAUAAACUCCUGCUGGUGAAACGGCACUUGAGGGUUGAAGAUGCAUCUCCUACUGGUGCUCCACCUUCUCAUCAUCUCCACCCUAGCUGUUAUUUCUGCUUGUCCAGAUGGAUGCAGAUGUUCACCAUUUUCGGUCAUCUGCUCAGAAAUCACAAACUUCCCGGCACCGCUCCCGUCUCAUGUCCAAAACAUUUACCUUCAGAACUGUUCCAUCCCCUCUUUGAAACCUGAGGACAUGACCAGUGUGGCUCUUAUUAAGUUACUGAUUAAAGACACAAACUUAAGGGAGGUUGUCUCCGGGACGUUUGAUGCCACCACAAACCUACAAACAUUGCAGUUCUCCCACACGGAACUGCAAGAUCUCCCAGACCCAGUUUUCCAGCACCUUAAAAACCUGCAGUCCUUAACCUUGAGCUACAGCCAGCUGACAGCGCUCCGACCCAACUGGACCCUCCAUCUUCAACAGCUUCAACUCCUGGAUCUCAGCAGGAACCAGCUGUCAUCCAUACCUGAGGACGCCUUUCGCCCUCUGACAAGGCUGGGGUACCUCAGUCUCUCUGGAAACAGUUUCAGUCAGAUAUCUGCAGAGACGUUUAAAGGUCUCUCCAAUCUUCAGGUCUUGCGACUCAACAAAAAUUCACUUCAGCAAAUACCCGCAGGAACCUUUGAUGACCUACAUAUGCUGAGGGAGCUGUCACUCCAGGACAAUCAGCUCACGCACCUGCACCAUGACUUGUUUUCUAACAACUCAAAGCUCCAGAAGUUGUUCCUCUCCAACAACAGGAUUUCAGUUCUUCCACAGGGAAUCUUUCUGCACCUCCCCGUCCUCUCAAGAAUCUCCCUCUAUGAAAACCAACUGGAGACUCUGGGUCCAGGGCAGUUUGGACCCAUGCCUCUUCAAGAUUUAUGGCUGUAUGACAACAGGUUGAGUCGACUGGAGGACGACACAUUUAGCAAUCUGACUGAGCUACGACUGCUGGUCCUCAGUCGCAACAGAAUCAACUAUGUAUCUGCCGGUGCGUUCAGGGGUCUAACCAAACUGGGAGAAGUAUCGCUACACACCAAUCUGCUCAAAUCCCUGCAGCCUGCAACUUUCCAAGGACUUCCUAACCUGGUCAACAUUUCCCUGGAACACAACUUUAUUGACUCCCUUCCAGUUGGUUUCCUGCAGGGGGUGAGUCACUUGGGCCAGGUUGACCUGCACAACAACUCUUUCACCAGCCUCACCCCCCAAAGUCUCAAAGCUCUGUCUGUUGUGGAUGAGGUUCUCCUGCAUCAGAACCCUUGGAGGUGCGACAAAGACAUUCUUCCUUUAAGGAACUGGCUGGUGGAUAAUCCAUCCAAGGCAAAUCAAAGUGCCGUGGUGUGUGAGACUCCCUUCCUUUUGAACAAAGAGGUCAUUGCUUCGCUAACUGGUGAAGAUUUGGCGCUUCUGAGCUCCACUUCAGAGCCUCCACUGACUUCAACAGAGAAAAAAAGCCACCCUAAGACUCCGUCGGUCAAACUGACCACUUCCUCAUUGGGCCUCAAGCCAACACCCACUACCAAGCGGACCGAGGAUAUCAAUGUUGAGGAAGAGGAAGUGAUCUCGAAGAACACCACCGUCAUCCUCAUUAUCAUCGCUAUAGUCUGUGCCGUUCUCAUCAGCACAGUCAUCAUCAGCUGCGCUUGCUGGAAAAGAAAUAGGAGCGGCAACCGGAAUAUCAGGCAAAGGUGCAGAAACUCUGUGCUGUAGUCACAUCACAUCAGCAAUGCAAGAACUUGUACUACAUAAAUGAUUCAGGGUGACUGCAGUAGACUCAGAAUAUCUGCUUUCAUGGCAUAAACUGCAAGAAUUAACCGCUGUGUCUCUCCACCGUGAAUUCUCUCCUGCGAUGCACAGUAGGAGAGUGAGGGAAUAACAGUGUAGAGACUAUGGAAUUGCAAUUCAGCUGAUAGUGUCCUUUUAAGAUGCUGUGCUUUUUUAUAUUUUCUCCAUCACUAAAAUCUGCUGUAUACUUUUCCAAGACAUUGUUUCAUCUGCACUGUGCUUGGCGCCAUGUAGUUCUACUGUAUCUGUGUCUUCAAAAUCACAAUGACUGGUUAUAUCAAGUUUUAAAGGCAGAAUAA